CUUACGGGAACUGGCCGGCGACGAAGUGCGGCAAGUGCGACGAUUCUUUUUAUCAGUUUUUUUUUCGCCUCCACUCUAUGAAUUUUCUGGCUCCCCCCUGUCCUCUGUUUGUUCUUCUGCUCUGCUCGUGCCGUUUGUCAUCCCGCCGGUCCAGUUUGGUGUUGCCCCGUUGCUGUGUUCUGAUGCCGGAAUUGCUCCAGGUUCGUCUCAGUUCUUUUGAGCUUGAGAUCGGCUUGGAAGUCUUCCCAAGAUUGUGGAAGUUUGUGGAUGAUGGCCGCUACUUGAAAGGCCUCACCAACGCCUACUUUCUCUUCAUUGCAUUUAUUGAAGAUUGCCAUAAGCUCCUCACCCUGGGUGACAACAGAUUUGCUGUCAACCAUCUUAUAGUCCAGCAAACAGAAAAUUGUUGGUGUAGAAAUUCGCCGCCGUUAAAGUUAACUAUUGCCAUUGAUGUUUCAUAGAGGCGCAUCCACCGUCAUCUCUACUACCAGAGGACCAUCCACUUGAGUUGCCAGUGAAAACCUCAUGCCGCCACUGUUAUCCAAAUCUGGUGUCACCAUUGCCACCGAGAUCGGUUCGCUUUCUCUCUCGGGACUAUAUCUAGAUCCGCAUCACCAUGCCACGAGAAGUGGAUUGACUAGCCACUUUCAAAAAGAGAAGAUGAACCAACCUAUACGGGGGAGAGAUCCCUGGGCAGAUUUUCAUGGUGGUCACCGUUACCUAAGAUUUC